AUGAAGUUAUGGGAUAGCCUGACCACUUGUUUGAUUCUGCUCGGUGCAGUGAGGCCCAGCUCGCUGCUCCGAACCGGACAGCAGCCGGAAGGUCCCCUGGAGGCUCCGCCGGUUCAGAUCCGUCUGUCCCUUCCCUCCCCGGACAUGCGCCCUGCAGAGACAGCAGGCGACCUGGACACAGGAGACAGAUACAACAUGGAGGAGCUUAUCCAGAGUAAUAAAAAUGUUAUGGACUUUAUCAAAAUAGUGGUCAGCAGAGUCCGUCGCUCCUCUGCAAAGCCUUCAUACACCUCCACCUCCUUUUCUUCUCACCUCAGCGAAAACUGGAUCAGGACUCGACACAGAAGGGAGAGAAAUAAGGGAGCAAGGUUGACAAAGGACAAAGAGAGGAGAAGAGGAACUAAAGGAGAAGAAAUGAGCAGGAAGAGUGGAAGACGAGGAGGCGGUGGACGAGCUCAGGGCUGCGUGCUCAGACAGAUUCACCUGAACGUGACAGACCUGGGCCUGGGCUACAGCUCCAGUGAGGAGAUGAUAUUCAGGUACUGCUCUGGACCCUGCAGAAAGUCAGAAACCAACUAUGACAAAAUCCUCUUCAACCUGGUCAACAAGAGGAAGCUCCCCGUCAAAGACACGCCCCUGCAGGCCUGCUGUCGGCCAAUCGCGUUUGACGAUGACCUGUCAUUUCUGGAUGACAACCUUAUUUACCACACUGUGAGGAAACACUCGGCCAGGAAAUGUGGCUGUGUGUAGAAGAAUCAAGGUGACUGAAUUUGUUUCAUUCAAAACAAGGUGUUUAGUGGUGUUUUUCUUUACUCUUUAAUGUGAAAACUGUUCUGCAGUGUGGUUAUGAAGGAAUUCCUGCAAAC